UGUACACACCAAAUACAGCUGAAUGGAAAAGAAAGGUAUAUUAGAGCGAUUGGCUCAAGGCCCUGUUGUAGGUGAUGGCAGUAUGUGUUUUAUUCUAGAAAGGAGAGGAUACGUCAGGCCCAUGCUAUGGACACCAGAAGCCGUUUUGGAGCAUCCUGAAGCUGUUCUGCAACUCCAUCGGGAAUAUGUUAGGGCAGGAGCAGAUGUUAUUCAAACUGCAUCAUACAGUGCGAAUGAAGAAAAACUUUCUUAUCUAAAUUCGGAUAACGUCGAGGUAGCUCAUUUGACAUCUAAUAUUAACGAAGCAGCUUGUUCUCUGGCAAGAAAAGCAGCCGAAGAUAACAACUGUUUAAUUUGUGCUGGUCUGUCACCAAGUCCAGAAUACAGAGAAAAUGCAGACGAAGUUGCAGCAAGAAACCAAUUCAGAAAGCAAGCCCAAAUAUUUGUCGAACAAAACGUUGAUCUCCUGCUUGCUGAGUUUUUUGGCCAAAUAAGGGAAUUGGAAAUUUGCGCAGAAGAACUGAAGAAGCACAAUAAACCAGUUGCAGUGUCGAUGAGACUUGGUUUGCAUGGUGAUACAAAUGGUGUUUCCGUAGAAGAAUGUGCUAUUAGAAUGGCAAAAACUGGUGCUGACAUUAUAGGUACCAACUGUUGUUUUGAUAUCAACACAAGUUUAAAAAUAAUGGAGAAGAUUAAAACAGCUUUGGAUGAAGAAGGCUUAAGUCCAUAUCUCAUGUGCCAACCAUUGGGAUUUCACUGUCCCGAUGCAGAAAGUUGUCCCAUGGGUUACACAGAACUUCCUGAGUAUCCAUUUGGUUUGGAGCCAAGAUCCAUGACCAGGAUGGAAGUUCAUAAAUUUGCACGAGCCGCAUUUGAUCUGGGUGUGAGAUACAUAGGGGGAUGCUGUGGGUUUGAACCUCACCACAUUCGGGCUAUCGCGCAAGAGUUGAACAAGGAAAGAGGUAAACCUCCUCCAGUUGAAAAAAUUGCACCUGCUUUUGGAAAAGGAGCUUCAAAGUCGGCUGUUGGAGGUGAAAGAGCGUCAAGAGAAUACUGGUACAAUCUCACAACAGCUACAGGUCGACCAUACAGUCCAGCAUUGUCCAAACCUUUCGUUCGUAGUGACGAGAAACGUUUUCUGUGAUAAAAAGCAAAGAAAGUUCUUAAAUAAAAUAGUAACCAUUGAACUAGUAAAAAGUUGUAUAGUGCGGCUGUAAAAGAUAAACUUAUAUCAUGACUACUCCUAUUUUAUUCUUUAUUCGUGUAUGGAAUAUUUGAUUCUGUUACUUAAAUAAAAACGAUCACAACAUGCUCAUAAAUUUGGGCAUUUAGUAAAUUUUCUGCAUCACUUUCCGACAUGUCAAACUCGGCUAUGUAGUCCUAAAAUCGAAAUCUAUAUAUGUAUAAAAUACGUGGACUGAAGAGUUUGAUAAUCACAAACAUUAAAUCCGGAUAUCUUUUGAGACAUAUUUGUAAUAAACUUAGAAGUCAUUCCUUAUUGGAACUUUCACGUAGUUGAUCAUUAUCUCGCCGAAAUCGGUCGGAUAAAAUAUCGAGGACGGGGUAAUGCACUUAAUGGCGCGAUUAAAAUUAGCUUUCUCAUGAACCCCACUUAUUGAUAGAUAACUCGGAGAACUCAAGUAAACAAUACAAUAUAUAUCACAAACUGGA